CUUUAACCAGCCCAGCGAGUCCGGGAGAGGUUCCUCCGCAACUGUGCUUCAGUAACACCAUAGCUUCGCAUCUUUUUAAAAACUAUUAUUAUUAAUCUACUUGGCUUUUCCCUCUGGUGCCUGAGAACCCAGAGGUGGCUCAGCCCUCCCUAGUCCCAGCUGGUGGGGCAGCUGGAGCCAACGCCCCAGGCAGCUGGGGAACAGUGGGGUUCUCCCCUCAGGUCCCCUCCGUGGAGCGUGGAGACAUCCAAGUGGUCGCUGCGGGAAAAGAGGAUAAGGAGGAAUUCCCUCAGAGCAUUCCAGAGCCUCUCCGGACUGGCUCAACUAGUUCCAGGACCGCUGUGCCUCCCUGACCUGGCAGGGCAAGGGGGCUGGGUCUUGCAUUUGCAACUGGUCCCAAACCGCAGGUCAGGUACUCACCUGUCCACUGACCAGCAGGAUCGGCUCUGCCAUGGCCUUUGAGGAGCUCCUGGAGAGGACUGGGGGCAUGGGCCUCUUCCAGGCCCUGCAGGUCUUCACCCUGCUUCUCCUGGCCGUCUGGAUACCUUCCCAGAUGCUGAUAGAGAACUUCUCAGCCGCCAUCCCGGACCACCGCUGCUGGGCCCGCACCCUGGACAACGGCUCCGAGACCCCCGCAAACCUCACCCUUGAGGCCCUCCUGGCUGUCUCUGUUCCACCGGGCCCCAGCCAGCAGCCACACCAGUGUCUCCGCUUCCGCCAGCCACAGUGGCAGCUCCUGGACCCCAACGCCACGGCCGCCAACUGGAGCGAGGCCGCCACAGAGCCAUGUGUGGACGGCUGGGUCUAUGACCACAGCACCUUCACCUCCACCAUUGUGACCAAGUGGGACCUGGUGUGCAGCUCCCAGGCCCUAAAGCCCGUGGGACAGUCCAUCUACAUGGCCGGGAUCCUGGUGGGAUCCUUCAUCUGGGGCCUCCUUUCCUGCCGGUUGGGGCGGAAGCAGAUGCUGAGCUGGUGCUGUCUGCAGGCGGCCGUGGCCAGCACCAGCACCGUCUUCUCCCCGAAUUUCCUCACCUACUGCAGCCUCAGGUUCCUGGCCGCCUUCGGGAUAGCCGGCAUCAUACUGACCCUGUCAACACUGAUGGUAGAGUGGACCACGACCCACAAGAGGGCUGCCACCAUGACCAUGCUGGGAUGCACCUACAGCAUGGGCCAGAUGGCCCUCGCUGGCCUGGCCUUCGCUCUGCGGGACUGGCAAGACCUCCAGCUGGCUGUGUCGGUGCCCCUCUUUGUCAUCUCCCUGAUGUCCUGGUGGCUACCAGAAUCUGCCCGAUGGCUGAUUAUCAGGGGCAGAACAGAGCAAGCACUUCGGGAACUCAAAAAAGUAGCCAGGAUAAAUGGCCACAAGGAAGCCAAAAAGACGCUGACCAUAGAGGUGCUAAUGUCUAGCAUGGAAGAGGAGCUGGUCUCUGCAGAGGACCGUGGGUCAGUGCUGGACCUGUUCCGCGUGCCAAUGCUCCGCUGGAGGACAUGUGCCUUGCUGAUGCUUCUCCCUGUACUUCUCCUACUACGGACUGGUCCUGGACCUGCAGAACCUGGGCAGGGACAUCUUCCUCCUGCAGGCCCUCUUCGGAGCCGUGGACUUCCUGGGCCGGGGCACCACCGUCCUCUGGCUCAAGUUCCUUGGCCGCCGCAAAACCCUGGCAGGGUCCCAGGCCCUGGCUGGCUUUGCCAUCCUGGCCAACGUGUUGGUGCCACAAGAUCUGCAGACCCUGCGCUUGGCCUUUGCUGUGCUGGGAAAAGGAUGCUUUGGGAUGAACUUCACCACCCUCACCGUCUACAGGACAGAGCUCUUCCCAACGUCCCUGCGGAUGACAGCAGAAGGGUUCCUGCAGUCAGUAGGCCGCCUGGGAGCCAUGAUGGGCCCCCUGGUCAGGAUGGCCCACCAGGCGCUGCCCCUGCUGCCUCCCCUGGCCUAUGGGGUCAUCCCCAUCGCUUCCAGCCUGCUUCUGUUCUUCCUCCCGGAGACCCAGGGACUGCCACUCCCCGACUCCAUCCAGGACCUGGAGAGUCAGGUAUCAACUGCAGCCAGGGUCGUCCAGCAAGAGGUGGUCACUCUAGAAAGCACCUGGCUCUAGAAGUCUGCCCGUGUGGAGCCCUUUGGCCAAAAUCCUCUGGGGACAGAGCCGCCUCUUCUCCCGUCCGAGGGUGGAAGCCAGGUGGCCGCGCCCAGCCUGGCUGCCUCGGCCUGCCCCAUGAACGACGUGGGUCCUCUCCCUCCCCCUGCCACGUCCACAUCUUCACGCACUCAUUCAGCGGUGUUGCCCUACGGAGAGGUUGGGCUCCUGGUUCCUGCAGGAGGAUGUGAUUGGCCUGUUUGCAGGUGGCAGGGAACUGAACCCACUGGGUAGAGAUGACAGAAACAGUCCUUGAUCCCCUCAGUAAGGAGGGACAUCUCUCACUCCAAGGCUCACAGACCAAUUGACUUAACCUCCUCAGAGCUCCAAAUCCAUCACUUCUCCUUCUCUGUGGCUACCACCUUGGUCCAUGCCGCCGUCCUCUCUGGUCCCCAUACUGGUCCUUGGUAUCAGCAUGGUCCUCCACACACAGUCACAUGCUCAUUUAGAAACACAAUUCAAACCAAAUCCCCUCUCUGCUUAAAACCUUCCAGUGAUGCAUAAUGCAGGUCACCCGUCUCCCCACCAACAGGGCUUCCUGCCAGCCCUGCGAGUCCCCAACAUGAUCUCGCACACAGUAAAAUCUAAAGGCUUCACAUUCCACAAAGGAUGUUCUUGGGCCAGAAAGUCUCUUCAAACUAUAACACACUUCAAAAUAACUCAUGGUCAAAGAAGAAAUCACAAUGUUUAAGAAACUAGAAAAAUAAAACAAAGUUGAUUCAACCUAAAUUAAGCAGAAGAAAAUAACAAAUAGGAGAAAUCAGAGAAAUAGAAAAAUAAUGAAGUCAAUGAAACCUCAAGUUGGUUCUUUAAGAAAAUCAAUAGAACGUUUAAACCUCUAGCUACAACCAUGAGGAAAGAAAGAGGAAAGAUGUCCAUUACCAACAAGAGGAAAAGCAAAUCCUACAGACUUUAAAAUGAUAAUAAGAGACUGUUAUGAGAAAUAUUUUACCAACAGAUUCAACCACUUAGGUGAAACUCACAAAUUUCUUGAAAGCUCACUCCAGAGGAAUAUGUAACCUUGUUACCCCUGAAUCUAUUAAAGAAAUUAUAUUUAUGAUUAAAACUUUCUCAUGGAGAAAACUCCA